AAUGAAUUCCAGGCACUGGUUCCCCUGCCCCUGUUGAAUUCAUCGGCUCUUCUUAGGGGUCCCCCUCAGUGUCUUGGGUUCUGGCCAUUCUAGAGUUGGAUUGGCUCUUGGCUCUUCCCUCCUCACCCUCUGUCCCUCACAUCGCUUUUGUCUUCCCCUGUAAAGUCAGCUUCCCUCCCUUUCCCCCUUGCCCUGGCCCUUUCCCUUCCCUUCCCACUCUCCACAUCUCACCUCACUCUCGCUCAACCUCUCAAUCCCUCACUCCCGCCCACACUCACCCACCCACACUCGCAACUCAUCCGCAACGUCUUUUGUUCAUCACUCCCCCCUCUAAUCUAGGAGCUGCUAUCACUUCUCACGGGUCAGGGAAAUUCUAUCGUUAACCAUCCCAUCCAUCUGAGCCGUCUCGCUCAUAUCUCUCUCCUUCUUGUGUGUUGCCUCCUCCUUUUUUCCCCUCCUCUACUCUUCCCCUUGCCGUACUCCUACUCCUACUCCUUUUACCUGAACCGUCCUCCUUCGUCGCUUCGUUCCCUUGUUCUUUUUCCCUUCCCUUCCCUUUUCUUUUCUUUCCUUUUUUUUUUUUCUCUUCCAAACAAACUACCUCCCUAUUGUUCUCUCUUCUCUAUUCUUUUUUGAUCCUCAUUUUAACGCUUUGGGUCAUGGCUCGGCGCAACAGCAGAUCCAAUUCAAUCUCUCCUACCACGUCUACGCCACGUCCCUGCGAGGGGCCCUCCCCCUUCUUCCACUCUGUGGUCAAUCAGUACCACGCUAUCGAUUCGUUCAUUAUUCAACUAGAAAGUUAGGAGCUUUUGACUUUUUAUUCUCAAAGCAACCAUGUCUUAUCUUGGAAACGACCGCUAUACUGGCGGUGACAGGGAUAGGGACAGGAGCCGGGGCAGUCGGGAUCGCGCUACAUUGGAGAGCGACUAUGGCCGGUUGAAUGAUGCUGAAUGGGGUUACGGGAGAGGGCGGGGAAGAAGUCCUGGUAAGUUACCUCCUUUAUUUGCAAUAACGGCUGUUCGCGUCAUAUUCUUGACGCGUGUACUGGUUGCUGUUUGCCUUCGUUUCUCGCUGGGUGAUUUUUACUUUUCUAUAUUUCCAUUUCGUUUUGGUGCCCGGUCGGUGGCUGGUGGAGCUUAACUCACCGUGUCUUGUUUUCCCGGACCACUCCGUCUUUUUUCUCCUUCUUCUUCUUCCCCACGCGCACCUCAUAGAGAAGGCUUAACUGACAGCGUUGAUUUCUGUAGGCCCCAUACGUCGUUUGCCACCUCGCCGUUCGCGAUCUCCUCCCCCCGUUGGUGGGAAUAUCGACCGUUAUGUCCCUCGAUCCCCCCAACCUCGUCGCUCUCGCUCACCCUCUCGUUCGCGCUUUGAGUACACUCAGCAUGGCGUCCCCCAGCUUCCCAUGCUCGGGAAACCUGGUGCAAUUGAUCGCUACGUUCCGCCGCAUAACGGGACUGCCCCUCCCAUGUACUUCGACCCUCAUAGGCUAGACUACCAAGUUACGUUUAAUUACUUCUCUGAUUGGUACCAUCAAGAAAACCCGGGUGGGACUGGACCUAAUAUGAAGGAGGAGGUAAAACAGAAGUAUGAUGAAUAUAAGGAUGAACUCACUGCACGCCUCGCGAAGUUGUUUGUGACCACGCAUAAGAACGAUGAAUGGUUUAAAGAACGCUACGUUCCUGGUGAGAAGGAAGUCGCAAAGGCGAAGAUAGUGGAUUAUAGAAGAGGAGCCUUCGAGAGAUGGAGGGCUCAAAUGCAGAGUGGGACCUUAGAUAACAUUGACCGUGAAACUGGGACUGGGACUGCUCCAAAGCCUGAAGACAGUGGUCUUGAGCCUGGUGAGGAGAUCGAAGAGAUCAAUAGAACCAUCGAAGACGGCGGUUUGAAACCAGUGUUGUUGAUCAAGACUAUCAGUCCUACCGUCAGCCGAGCUCAAUUAGAGGAGGUAAAUAUCUUACCCGCUUUUUAAUAUUGGGCUUUCACGUUUCCUUGUUGAACUGCGACUGAUUGUGAGCAGCUUGCCUCUACAAAUCUCUCAAACUUCCACUAUAUCUCGCUUUCGGACCCCAACCCCUUAAAGAAAUUUCACCGUAUCGGCUUCAUCCUUCUUUCUCCCACAGACCCUAGUGACCCUACAUCGGAGCCCGCACCAGUUGAUGAAUCGAUAGUCGAACUUCUCAAUGGGAAGAGCAUUCACGAUGGUGUACACGGUGACUUUGUGUGCCAUGUGGGAAUCCAUAAUGGACCGACUAGUGCUAGAACAAAGAAGGUCCUGAACGAAGCCAUGAGUCUACCUGAGAAUCUGAAGAAGGAAGCCAAAUUGGUUGAAAAGUGUAUCAGAAAACUUGAAGCAGAACUUCAUCGCAAUGGCGAAGAUUCAAUGGUAGAAUAUGAUGGUUGGGAGAUGAUCAAGGAUAAAGUUGAGGAAUGGGGUCGUGGCGAGCGAGAGAAAAGGAUGGGGAGUGAGGAGGAAGGAGAGGAGAGCGGUGAGAGUGAGGUCGAACUCAAGAUCAUCAAGAAGACCAUCGACAUGGGGGUGGAAUACCUUCGUCGGGUCUUUUCGUUUUGUAUCUACUGUGUUUCCUCAUCCGACUCCAUUGUUGAACUCACUAGGAAAUGCCCUGGUGGCCAUAUGCGCCGUCCUACCCCGGCUAGUGAUUUCGCUCCGGACAACCGCACCGUCAAUUGGACAAAAGCCUGGCAGGACAAACUGGAGUUUUUUGUCUGCCCCCCACAGCCAAAUGACGACGACUACAAAGAAAGGCUUAAGAAAGUUGGCGGCAAGCCUGUUCCAGAAGCAGUCGAGGACGAAGUCCAGCGAAGCAUGAAGCAGGAAGAUGAAGGUAAAUACCGAUGUAAGGUCGCCGGGUGCACCAAGUUGUUCAAAGCCGAGGAGUUCUGGAGGAAGCACUUGGAUAAAAAGCAUGGCGAAUGGUUGCAUCUUUUGGAGACAGAAGCCCAGUUAGUCAAUAGCUAUGUCCUGGAUCCGUGCAGAGUUCACCCUCCUAAGAUCGAACAGAACAAUCAGGGAGGGUUCCAGACAGUUCAGACGGGCGGCAAUCGUGGAUUCGCGCCGAUGAUGCCUUUGGGCACUUUCGGCGGCCCUGCUCCCCCGCCCGGAGCUUUUCAACCACCCCCUGGAUUCAACUUCAAUGCGCCAUUCUUCACGGGACACCACGGUAACGGUGCGGAUAAAUACGUGCCGAACCACCUCAUGGCAACUGCUGGGCCUGGCCUCCCGGACGCCGGCAGGGGUAGGGAUGGUGGAAGUGGGGUUGGUCCGCAGCGCCGGAGAGAGAACAGGGUGCCUCCGAUGGGUGCUGUAGGGCUUCCCAUGGCCGUGGGCACCGGGCGGGAGAGGUUCGCUCCCUACAGUGCGAGGAGGGAUAGGGGUGACAGGGAGAGGGAAAGGGAGAGACGCGACAGGGAGAUGAGGGAGCUCACGAGACAGCCCGGUAAUUCUCCCGCUAAUAGAGCAUCUGGGCCCGUUGGGGGAACCCCUAGUGCUGCACCCGCGUCUACUAGCAGUGGUACCAGCGGUGGGGGGGAGGCAGAAUUGGCAGUGCUAGGAAGGAGUGUCAAGAGUUACAUGGACCUAGAUGCGGCUGGUGGGGAGGGUAAAAAGUCAGUCGAGGAGCUGGAUUACUAG